AUGUCGGACAAACUGCCCUACAAAGUCGCUGACAUCAGCCUAGCCUCUUGGGGACGCAAAGCCCUGGACAUUGCGGAGAAUGAGAUGCCAGGCCUGAUGCGCAUGCGGGAGAUGUACUCAGCCUCCAAGCCACUGAAGGGCGCCCGCAUCGCUGGAUGCCUGCACAUGACCGUGGAGACAGCAGUCCUCAUUGAGACUCUGGUCGCCCUGGGUGCUGAGGUCCAGUGGUCCAGCUGCAACAUCUUUUCUACCCAGGACCAUGCAGCAGCUGCCAUUGCCAAGGCUGGCAUUCCAGUAUAUGCCUGGAAAGGUGAAACAGAUGAGGAAUACCUGUGGUGUAUUGAGCAGACUCUAUACUUCAAGGACGGACCACUCAACAUGAUUCUGGACGAUGGUGGUGACCUCACCAACCUUAUUCACACUAAGUACCCACAGCUCUUGUCGGGUAUCCGAGGUAUCUCUGAAGAGACCACGACUGGAGUCCACAACCUGUAUAAGAUGAUGGCCAAAGGGAUUUUGAAGGUGCCUGCUAUCAAUGUCAACGACUCUGUCACCAAGAGCAAGUUUGACAACCUCUAUGGCUGCCGGGAGUCCCUCAUAGACGGCAUCAAGAGGGCCACAGACGUGAUGAUUGCGGGCAAGGUGGCUGUGGUGGCAGGCUAUGGCGAUGUGGGCAAAGGCUGUGCUCAGGCCCUGAGAGGUUUCGGGGCACGAGUCAUCAUCACUGAGAUUGACCCCAUCAAUGCACUGCAGGCCGCCAUGGAGGGCUAUGAAGUAACCACCAUGGAUGAGGCCUGUAAGGAAGGCAACAUCUUUGUCACCACCACAGGCUGUGUCGAUAUUAUCCUUGGCCGGCACUUUGAGCAGAUGCAGGAUGAUGCCAUCGUGUGUAACAUUGGACACUUUGAUGUGGAGAUUGAUGUCAAGUGGCUCAAUCAGAAUGCUCUGGAGAAGGUGAACAUAAAGCCCCAGGUAGACCGGUACCGGCUGAAGAAUGGACGCCGCAUCAUCCUGUUAGCUGAGGGCCGGCUGGUCAACCUGGGCUGUGCUAUGGGCCACCCCAGCUUUGUGAUGAGCAACUCCUUCACCAACCAGGUUCUGGCACAGAUUGAACUGUGGACCCACCCGGACAAGUAUGCCGUCGGGGUCCACUUCCUACCCAAGAAGUUGGACGAGGCAGUGGCUGAAGCUCACCUGGGCAAGCUGAACGUGAAGCUGACCAAGCUGACUGAGAAGCAGACCAAGUACCUGGGCAUACCCGCUGAUGGCCCCUUCAAGGCUGACCACUACCGUUACUGAAAGACAAACCUGUCCCUCACCUCCCAACUG